AAUGAACAAGGGACCUACAAUUGUCAUUGUCAGAGAUAGAGAUGGGCAUGUUUUCGGAGGUUUUGCACCCAGCAGUUGGACCCUAAGCCCAAAUUAUGUUGGUGACGAUAGCAGUUUCUUGUUCAGUAUAUUGCCAGUGAUGGAGAGGUUUGAGCCUACGGGCUACAAUGAUCAUUAUCAGUACCUUAAUGUCCAGCAACAGACUUUGCCAAAUGGUCUAUUUUCCAGUGAGCGGAAGACUACCAGAUUCUCUACAACUAAUUUAGAAGGAACAGAGAAUGAAGUUGCUGAAGUACCAGUAGGUGUUGCACAGUCUGUGGGAGAGUUGAAGCUGGGCCUUCAAAUUAAUUUGCUAUCAGAGACAUGACAUUGCCUGUGUACCAAGUACCAAUAUAAAAGUCCCUCCUGAAGUAAUGCUGGUGAGGUUGAAAGAGAGACAACCUAUCGAAAAAGAAUGGUUCGGCCACAGGCUCAGAAGGAAUGGGUGGACAGCAUAAUUAUUUUGGAUUUUGGCUUGAUGCUGAAUUUGGAAGUGGUCACUGUAGUGAAACAUGCACAACUUACAGAAAUUAUCAUAUGCUCUCUGCUCAAAAAUGCUUUCAAAUAGAGCACGUAG